CUUUAUUAUCCUAAAAAAAAAAGAAUCGAUUCUUAUCAUGUUGGAAUCCCUUUUUGGUCGUCGAAAAACACCAGCUGAAAUGCUUCGACAACAUCAGCGAAGUAUCACCAAAGCACAAAGGGAAUUGGAUCGUGAAAGGGAACGUUUGGAACGACAAGAAAAGAAAUUGAUUGCUGAUAUUAAAAAAUCCGCUAAAGCCAAUCAGAUGAGUGCAUGCAAGGUGAUGGCCAAGGAUCUUGUACGGACUCGACGUUAUGUUCAAAAGUUUUAUCAAAUGAAAACACAACUUCAAGCUGUGGGUCUACGUAUUCAAACACUACGAUCCAAUCAGCAAAUGGCAGAAGCUAUGCGUGGUGCCACCAAGGCCAUGUCCUCCAUGAAUCGACAAAUGAAUCUACCUCAAAUCCAAAAAAUCAUGAUGGAAUUUGAAAAGGAAAGCGAACUGAUGGAUAUGAAGGAUGAAAUGAUGGGUGAUGCUAUUGAUGAUGUGAUGGAAGAGGAAGAAGAUGAAGUCGAAAGUGAAGAAAUCGUGAACAAAGUCUUGGAUGAAAUCGGUAUCAGUUUAAAUCAAGAGUUGAUCGAGGCUCCUACUGGCAUCAAGCAAUCUACUCCUGUAUCUACAAAUGAACGUGUAGCUCAAACUGAAGGUGGACUUUCUGCAGAUGACGCAGCAUUACAAGCACGAUUGGACAACUUGCGAAGGGAAUGAUGAUAUUGUCUUAUUACACUUUUACAAAUACCCUCUUACCUUUUUUGUUAUUUGAAUAAACAGAAGUUAUAUGACAAUUUGA